CACUGUUGUGUACGGAAGUAGCUGAUUCUCUCCUUAAACAUCAGGUCUUUCACCCAGAUCCGUAAUAGCCUACAUGCCAGACCCGAGACCGACCGUGAGAGCUCGUUUGUGACUUCCUCCUCCUUCUCCCCCAUCCGCUUCAAGAUUUUCGAACAUGGGGGGAUUUGACCGAGGGACCACGUCGAUCUUCAGACUACAGAACUGUGGGAGACGCCCACAUAGCUCUGUUACGCAUUGUGCUUAUAGCGCACUUGGAGAACCUCUCCAUAUCAGGAAUAUUAAUUGGGAAGAAUAAGUCUAUUCUCUAACUUGUGAUUUGAAUAAGACACACUGGAAAAUGGUUUUACAAAGGGUAUUCCGUGCUGUUAUCAUGGGACCGCCCGGUUCGGGAAAAGGGACCGUUUCAGAGCGCUUAACUAAAAGUUUCAGUCUUAAACACCUUUCCAGCGGUGACCUUUUACGGGCCAAUAUUAAAGCCCAAACAGAGCUUGGUCUUCUGAUGAAGUCCUGCAUCAGCCAUGGUCAGCUGGUGCCUGAUGAUGUCAUCUCCCGCCUAAUCCUGGCAGACCUGCGAGACAUGGACCACACCAGCUGGCUACUGGAUGGUUUCCCUCGUACGGUGGCGCAGGCUGAGGCUCUGGACAGUGUCUACAGUGUGGACACGGUCAUCAACCUGGACGUGCCGUUCCAGACCAUCCAGCAGCGACUCACCUCCCGCUGGCUCCACCUCCCAAGCGGCCGAGUCUACAACAUCAACUUCAAACCACCAAAGAUUGCUGGUCUUGAUGAUGUCACAGGAGAGCCUCUGGUGCAGAGGGAGGAUGACACACCAGACACGGUGUCCAGGAGAUUGAAGGCCUACGAGAACCAGACGCAGCCAGUCCUGGAGUACUUCAGGAGUAAAGGGGUCCUGCAGACAUUCUCUGGGACGGAGACCAACCAGCUGUGGCCUCACAUCCACACUUCGCUGUCUAAAAUGUUCUCCAACCAGAGCCAGAAAGUGUUGGGGAACAUGUAGCGAGCCUCUCGGAUGGUCGAGGGACAUGUCUGGCUCCUGGGUUCUCAUGGCCUCGAGGAACCGUUUUUUUCCACAGCUAUACUCCCUCUACAUUUACAUUUAGUCAUUUAGUAGACGCUCUUAUCCAGAGCGACUUACAGUAAGUACAGGUACAUUCCCCCC